AUGUUUAAUCAUGAACAAGGCAUCUUAACAGAAGAUGAGCACCAAAACGUAAUGAGUGAAGCCAUCGAUAAGUUCGAAGAUCAGCUAUUACAGCGUGAAAAGUACGGUAGAUCUAUUGACGAUGAAGAUGCAGAACUAGACGAGUUAUUAGACGGUGAAGAUGACUUUUUGGCACAUUAUAGAGAGAGACGAGUACAGGAGAUGUCUGACCAUAUGAAAACCGUGGAGAAGAACGUUACACAGAAAGAAUAUGGUUCGUUGCAAGUGGUUAAAGAUGAAUCAGCUUUAAUGCAAUUGGCUUCCAAAAGCCCCCGUUGUGUGGUACACUUUGGAUUGGAUAAUUUUGGCAAAUGCAAGUAUAUGGAUGAAAAGCUAGAGUUAUUAGCAGAAAGGCAUUUAACUACCAAAUUUGCAAGGAUUGACGUGGAGGAUUGUCCAUUUCUAGUCUCUAAGUUAAAGAUCAAAGUUCUGCCGUUUUUAGUGGCAUACAAGGAUGGGAAAGAAGUGACAAGAAUAGUUGGAUUCUCAAAGCUAGGCAAUGAUCCCAAUGGAUUUGCCCCAGAAAGCUUGGAAGGGCUACUAGCACAAGUGGGAAUCUUAGAACCAAGGUCUUUUAAUCGUCCGAGACACGAAGAUCAUGAUGACAGUGGAAGUGAUUUGGAUUUGUAG